CAACACUCCAAGUCCCAGUCAAAUUCACAAAAUGGACCGCAAAAUACUCACAUUUCAUGCAAUCUUGUUUGACAUGGACGGGACGCUAAUAGAUUCAACUCCCGGAGUUAUGAAAGCCUGGGAUACUUUUGCAAAAGAUUAUUCCCUCAAUGCAUCUCAAGUUGCCCACGCAUCACAUGGCAGACGGCUUUAUGACACUCUCAAAGAGUUUUGUCGGAUCGACGAUGAAGAUAGGCUGCUAGCCGAAAUCGUAAGGUUCGAACGGGAGGUGAUCGAUGGGGGGCCGAUAGUACUCCCUGGCGUACAAAAUCUCAUUGCACAGCUCAGACAUGAAACCACGUAUGGCUGGACAAUUGUCACAUCCGCUACGAAUGUAUAUACCCCCGCUGCCCUCGCACGUUGUGCCAUUCCACUGCCGGAAGUAGGAUAUGUCACAUCUAACGAUGUUGCCCGCGGAAAACCUCACCCAGACCCAUAUCUUGCUGGGGCACAGCGAUGUGGUGUAGAUCCGACCAAAUGUCUCGUCGUAGAAGAUGCACCCUCAGGCCUGUUAGCAGGACAUGCAGCCGGUGCACGUACACUCGCAGUAUGCACCUCCCACACUCGAGAGGUGAUCCUAGCCUCUGGAGCAAAUCCGGAUUAUAUAGUCAAGGAUCUAACGAGAGUAACGGCGCGGUGGGUGGAUGGAAAAGUAGAGAUUUCCAUUGACGAGUCAGACGAAUGAGAACCAGUAUAAGGGCCUCGGAACCUUAAGCGGAGUCGUUGGGCUUUGGGAUGGUUAGGGGGUUCUAAGUGGAAAGUAGACGUCGAAGAACGGAGGGUAUACCCUUGACCCCUAGAUCAUUUUUAGGCUUUAUCCCAAAUCGUAUAUCCAGUGGGUUCAAGAUAAGAACACGACCAAUCGAACGGCGAUGUGUAUCGGUAUUGGUACACAGGAGAAGAAGAAACGACCUGAGUGCGUAAUGCGUUAAAAAGUCAACCAGUGCGAAUGCGAGUGCUCACUAUGACACGAAAACACACAUGCGAGCUAAGAUGAGCAGAUCUACCAGAUACGCUGCAAUCGGUAAGUUUAACGAUUUCGACAUCCCAAGGUCCGGUUCCUUCGCACUCGGCGGUAAUAACCUCAUGACCAGGCCCAAUGUUAGAGCAACCCAGAACAGCAGGUGGAGAUGGGAUACGCCACGAUAUCAGGAUAUUCCACUAAAUCAAGCCUGCUAAGUAUGCCAUCUGCGGGAAAACGUUCGGAGCAUGAAGAGAUCAUUGCCGGCGCCUCAAGCCUUAAGAGUUCAAGGCUGGAUC